AAACAGACUUGGAUCUCGUCGCUUCCCGUCGACGCGCUUUUGCUGAUGACGUCACGGCAGCGGUGUUUUGGGCGGGCAACAUGGCUUCAAUAAAAGUGAACCAAGUCCCCACGGAGCAGGAGACGACGGUCGUCAGGAGCGCAGGACGGCGGCCAGGCAAAGUGACGUUGAUCUGCUGAGUGGACUUCCCACAGCUGGCCUGCAUGACUCGCCCUGCUCGUGCCCGACAAACGCAUGAGAGGAAGUUAGACUUCAAUUGAGGCACAGCAACUCAUCAUUCCAUGCCUGACUGUGCUGCUGAUGCUUCUUCAAGAUGGAUGCUCAGGGGUACAAGUGGGUCAGAUGGCGGGUGUGGCUGUGUCACCUCAUGACCGUGCUGUCCCUGGGUCUUCUCCUGGUUCUGUUUCACUGGCGCCCUCGACUAGCUCUUCUGGCCCGCUGUCGCCCUUGUUCCCUGGGACUCGCAGAUUUUGUGCUAAUACGAGAUAGUUUUGGCCAGCAGCAUGUGGUGGAGGUGCUCACAGAGGAGAUUGAGGAGGGCAGUUUAGAAUUAUUGGGAGAUGCAGAGGCUACGGAAUGGAGGGACACAGUUGAACUCUACCAGGAGGAGAAAACACUUCUGCGCUACUACCUGUUUGAAGGCCUUCGCUACAUAUGGCUAGACAGGAAGGCAGCUUUCCGUCUUGUGAGUGUCCUCAAUGAGAACUGGACCUGCAAGGACCUCCAUGGCUUCAAAAAUGGUUUAAGUCACUAUGAGCAGAACGUAAGGAGACAAGUGUAUGGGCCCAACCUGAUUGAUGUCCCUGUGAAGUCUUUCUUCAAACUAUUAACUGAGGAGGUCCUCAACCCCUUCUAUGUGUUCCAGAUAUUUAGCAUGGUCCUGUGGAUGGUUGAUGAGUAUUACUUCUACUCUACGAGUAUAUUUAUUAUCUCUCUCAUCUCCAUUGGUAUCUCACUUUAUGAGAUCCGCAAGCAAAGCGUCACUCUUCACAACAUGGCCCGCUUGGUCACAAAUGUCACAGUGAUAAGAAAGUCAGGAGAGCAGGAGAAUGUUAGUUCGGUGGAGCUGGUUCCUGGUGACUGCAUACGUUUGCCUAAGGAUGGUCUGCUGAUGCCGUGUGAUGCUGCCCUGCUGGCAGGGGAGUGUCUGAUGAAUGAGGGCAUGUUGACAGGUGAGAGUGUGCCAGUGCUGAAAACUCCCCUGCCAGAUUCAGAGAGAAGAUAUAGCUCAGACUCUGAGCGCAAGCAUGCACUGUUCUGUGGAACGCAACUCAUCCAGACCAAAGGAGGGGCGUCCGGUGACGCUGGUGCUGUUGCCAUUGUCACAGGCACUGGGUUUUUUACUGCCAAAGGUAACUUGGUGAGCUCCAUUAUGUACCCUCAGCCCACCUACUUUCGCUUCUACCGAGAUGCUGCAAAGUUCCUGGUCAUCUUGGGUUUUUUGGCUUUUAUCGGGACCAUUUACAGCUUUGUUGUCCUGUCACAGUAUAAAAUGAGCUGGUUUGAGGUGGUGAUUAGGGUUCUGGAUAUUGUCACCAUUGUGGUGCCUCCAGCCCUGCCCGCCGUCAUCACCGUCGGCAGCAUUUACGCCCAACACAGGCUGAAGAAGCAAGGCAUCUUUUGCAUUAGUCCGCCACGCAUAAACGUUUGUGGCAAGGUGUCGCUAUUUUGUUUUGACAAGACAGGAACUCUGACAGAGGAGGGACUGGAUGUGUGGGGAGUAAUGGAGGGGAGAGCCGCCGGUUUUUCAGAUGUGGUCUAUGACCCUACACUUUUGCCGCCGGGGCCCAUGCGCUCAUGCCUGGCCUGCUGUCAUACUCUGGCCCUGCUGCAACGGCAGCCCAUCGGGGACCCUCUGGAGCUCAAAAUGUUUAAAUCCACUGGUUGGACUCUCCAUGAACCAGGGGAAGAAAGUGGGCUGCUGGAUGCGGACUUUGGAGGGCACCGAGUUUUAGCUGUAAUGAGACAUCCUGCAAGGCUGCUUCCCUUUCAUGCAACUUCUGCUGCUGCAAGCGCUCCUGUGGCGAUCGUUCAGCGGUUCCCCUUCUCUUCGGCCCUGCAGAGGAUGAGUGUGGUGACUGUGGCCUGCGGGGGGCGCUCUGCACUAGCUUUCAUGAAAGGCUCUCCAGAGAUGGUGGCGAGUCUCUGUCGACAAGAAACUGUGCCGCCACAGUUCUCAAAGAAACUGCGCAGCUUUUCCAGUCAAGGUCUUCGAGUUCUUGCUCUUGGUUGUAAACCAAUGGACACAAGUAGUGAUUUGAGCGCAACUGAACGAGGGGAGGUGGAGAAAGACAUGCAGUUCUUAGGCUUGCUGAUGCUGAAGAACCUGGUGAAGCGAGAGAGUGCCAAGGUCAUCAACACGUUGAGGCUGGCAAAGCUCCGAACUGUCAUGGUCACAGGGGACAACAUUCUAACAGCAGUUAAUGUUGCUCAAAGCUGCGGGAUGGUGGCGUCUGAUGAGGGGGUCAUCUUUGUUGAAGCCACCGCCCGCACGGCUCAAACCGCACCCACCCUGAGGUUCACCCCAGAAGAUGGCGAAGGCAUAAUAAUCACAGCCCAGGGUCUCUACCAGGCAGAAUUAGAGUACCACUUGGCUAUUAAUGGCAGUUCAUUUGCCGCCCUCUGCGACCACUUCCCUGAGCAUCUGCCAAAGGUUUUGAUGCGAACGACAGUCUUCGCGCGUAUGGCUCCUGACCAAAAAACACAACUGGUGAAAGAGCUACAGAAACUGAACUACAGGGUGGGCAUGUGUGGCGAUGGCGCCAACGACUGUGGCGCCUUGAGAGCCGCUGACGUCGGAGUCUCUCUGUCGGAGGCGGAAGCCUCCAUCGCUUCGCCUUUCACCUCCAAGACUGAAAACAUCAGCUGUGUGCCACUGCUCAUUAGAGAAGGUCGAUGUUCUCUGGUCACCGCGUUCAGCCUCUUCAGAUACAUGGCCGUGUACAGCAUGAUCCAAUUCUGCUCUGUGCUCAUCCUCUACACAGUAAGCACCAAUCUGGCUGACCUGCAGUUCCUGUUCAUUGACGUCAUACUGGUGACCCUGCUGGCGAUCGUGAUGGGAAAAGGCGGCCCCGGUGAUGUACUGAGCCCCUCCCGGCCGCCGGCCAAUCUGCUGGCCCUGCCUGUCUUGGGCAGCCUCUUCAUCCACAUCUCCAUGCUGAUCUUGGGUCAGCUGGCUGCGCUCCUCAUCACCACCUCACAGGACUGGUACAUUCCCCUCAAUUCCACGGUGUUUGGGACUGAAAACCUGCCCAACAUGGAGAGCACCAGUGUGUUUUCUUUGUCUGGUUUCCAGUACAUCUUCAUGGCCGUGGUGGUCACGAAAGCUCACCCUCACAAGAAACCUCUGUACCACAACGUGAUUUUCCUGUGUUUGCUCCUCGUCCUGUUUGCCGUGAUGACUUGUCUGGUGUUGUAUCCUGGACCUUUCUUCUUGGAGAUACUGCAGCUCUAUGACUUCUCAGACUUUGAUUUCAAGAUGCUGCUUGUCGCUCUGGCCGCUCUCAAUUUCCUCAUUUGUUUUGUGGUGGAGAUGCUGAUAGAUGUGGGUGUCCUGAAUUAUCUUCGCUGCCUCUGCCCAAAGCACGCAUCAAGGAAAAAGUUCAAACACCUCAACUCACUCCUGUGUGACCCCUGUGUCCCAUCGUGGCCGCCCCUGAACCAAACACUUUACUCCUCCGAGCACAUGGCCAUCAGCUUAAGCUAGCGGUCUCGCUCCCCUGACAUACAAACACUGUAAACAUAUGUAUGAAUACUUUAAUAGUUUGUUUUUAUGAGAUCAAGGAGGCCUGUAUAAAUUUGUUUUGUCAAUGUUA